AUGGUGAGUAUUUGUAUCGCAGAGAAAUCUUCGGAGAGGUCUACGGGGCCGGGUUUGCUGUCGUUAUUUGUAAUAGCUGCGGACGCCCUUGACCCGUCGGGUCCAGGGGCGCCGGACGCGGCGCUGGAGGCGGCGGGGUUGGUGGUGAAGUCAUCGGGUGCGAUGUUGGUGAAGUUGGGUACAUUGAGUGGAGGGAAGGGGGAUUGUGAGGUGCGUGAGGAGUUGUCGACUCGCAAGGUGUUCGAUGGGUUGUUGAUAGACGCGGUGUUGGGGGAGGUGUCCGGGUAUGCGGAUGCUGGAUGUAAUUUGGCCGAGUCGUUGGCCCUCUCUCGCCCGGCAAUUGGUGCUACAGAGGCCGCGUUGCGUGGGUAUUCUGACUUGCUGCACAAACUAGUGCUCACAUACCCGGUGACGCUAGCAGCCUCCUCAGGGCAGAGCGGCGAAGUCCUCGAUCAAGAGCAGCAGCGCUCUGAAACCGCGGCUCGUGUACGGCACUUUGCCCGAGCAUUCCAUUACGCACUCAUCACCGACACUAUUUGGCGCGACGAAGCGGUGAACGCCGACGACAUGUUCGACUUGCCCAACGCAUUAGGUCGCAUGAACGUCGAACACUUCCGUCGACCAGGCAUGUUCCGGCAGCACUUGGACGCCGACGAUAAGUCUAGUCGGGACGAUAAGUCAAGUCGGCAAGCCGAACGGGAAGUCGAACGGGUCCGGAAGGAGAAAGUCAUACAGUACAAGACUAGAGAGGAACGCACUAAGAACCAAGAACUCAUCCAGCAAGUCCUUCCUCUCUUCUGCGAAGACCGUCUGGUGGAAUACCCCAACCUGACCGUUAAGAAUGGAGGCGUUGUUUCAUACCAACGCGCAGGCAACGACGCCAAACCCGCCGACGCCGACGACGUCUAUCUUGAAGUUUAUCCUGCUGAAGUGUAUGAAAAAGCCGGCGCCCCCGCAACGGGCGUCUCCCCGACAGCCACGGGCGUCCCCUCAGUCCUGGCUCCGUCCCUCGCGUUAGGCGGAACAAUGAUCAUACCGAACGUAGUCCCGGCGGAUGACCCUCAGGGCUACUAUUGGUGUCCGGGUAUGUUCGCGCGAAUGGUAGCAGACCCGGCGUCGAGUUUGUUCAGUCUAGCGGAGCCAGAGGAGCACAUUACAAGCUCAGGUUCGGUCGAGUGGAAGUUACCCAGCCGCCCCUACAAUUUCGUGUCCUUCGGACGACUCGCACAUUGGAUCGACAAAGUACGACAAGACAGCAAGAUCGUCGAUCAGUCCGAGGAACUCUUACUCAGGGCAGACCCCACAGCACAGGCCACCAUACCCACCGUAUCCAUGAUGAACCGCAAGGACGAUGCUACAAGGCGAUUGAUUAGCGAUACUCUCAUCGCGAUCCAAAAUAAACCAUUCCCCCACACCCUUACGAUAAAUGCACUCCAUAACAACUGCAAAGACGACCCGCUCGCCCGACAGGGACCCGCCGGUGGCUACGGUGUCUGGAAAUGGUAA